AAAACUAAAGUCAAGAACAAAAAUUUCAAUACUCGAACGCGUAAACAUCAUUACCGUACAAUGCUUCAUCCACGUCACCCCCAUAAACACGAAUACAUAUAUAUAGACACAAAUCCACCGCCGACUUCCCUGAACCACCAUCAUGGAUAACCGCCCUCCAAAACCACCAUCAUUCCGUGACCGGAAACCCAUUUCCACCUUAGAAUCACCACCAAUUCCCAAACCUUCCGACGCAUUACCAUUACCUUUGUAUCUAACAAACGCUAUAUUCUUCACUCUGUUUUUUUCCAUCUCUUAUUUCCUUCUUCACCGGUGGCGUGAGAAAAUCCGGUCAUCUACACCACUCCACGUCAUCACAUUUACAGAAUUAACCGCCAUUAUUUCGUUAAUAGCUUCUUUUAUAUAUCUUUUAGGGUUUUUCGGUGUCGAUUUUGUCCAAUCCCAAAACGAAGUCGUGGACCAUUCGGUACCCAGUUCAAAACCCGCCUCUAAAACCAUGAAUCAUGAUCUGGGUAUUGAUCAAAAUUUGACCUUGACUAAAAAUGAUGAAGAUAUUGUGAAAUUGGUUGUUUCUGGGGCGAUUUCGUCGUAUUCUCUUGAGAAGAAGCUGGGAGACUGUCGACGAGCUGCUGCGAUUCGUCGUGAGGCGUUGGAAAGGAAGACGAGGAGGUCGUUGAGUGAGUUGCCUUUAGAUGGGUUUGAUUAUGAGAGUAUAUUAGGACAGUGUUGUGAAAUGCCAAUUGGUUAUGUGCAGUUGCCUGUUGGGGUUGCUGGACCUUUGUUGUUGAAUGGUGAUGAGUUUAUGGUGCCAAUGGCGACCACUGAAGGAUGUUUGGUUGCGAGUACUAAUAGAGGUUGUAAAGCUAUACAUUUGUCGGGUGGAGCUACUGCAGUUUUGUUGAAAGAUGGGAUGACUAGAGCUCCUGUUGUUAGGUUUGGUAGUGUUGCUAGAGCGGCGAGUCUUAAAUUUUUUUUGGAAGAUCCGAUUAACUUUGAUACGUUGAGCAUCGUUUUCAAUAAAUCGAGCAGAUUUGCCAGGCUUCAAAAUAUUAAAUGCGCAAUUGCUGGGAAAAAUCUAUAUAUCAGAUUUACUUGCAGCACAGGUGAUGCCAUGGGGAUGAACAUGGUGUCGAAGGGUGUCCAAAAUGUUUUAGAUUUUCUUCAAGUUGAUUUUCCAGACAUGGAUAUGAUUGGUAUUUCUGGAAACUUUUGCGCAGAUAAAAAACCCGCUGCUGUAAAUUGGAUUGAAGGGCGUGGAAAAUCAGUCGUCUGUGAGGCAGUGAUCACUGAGGAUGUUGUGAAGAAGGUGUUAAAAACCACAGUGUCUGCUCUUGUUGAGCUUAACAUGCUUAAAAAUCUUGCUGGUUCAGCUAUUGCUGGUUCUCUUGGAGGCUUCAAUGCUCAUGCUGCUAAUAUUGUUUCAGCAGUCUUCAUAGCCACUGGUCAGGACCCGGCCCAAAACAUUGAGAGUUCUCACUGCAUAACAAUGAUGGAAGCUGUCAAUGGUGGAAAAGAUCUCCAUGUCUCUGUUACCAUGCCUUCCAUUGAGGUAGGUACAGUGGGAGGUGGGACCCAACUAGCAUCUCAAUCUGCUUGCUUGAACCUACUAGGAGUUAAGGGUGGAAACAAAGAGUCACCAGGGUCAAAUGCGAGGCUGUUGGCAACAGUAGUAGCAGGUUCAGUGUUGGCUGGUGAACUGUCUUUGAUGUCUGCCAUUUCAGCAGGGCAGCUUGUUAAGAGCCAUAUGAAAUAUAACAGAUCAAGUCGGGAUAUGGCAGCAAAUGCGUCUUAGUUGAGUAAAUAAAUGUCAGUAAAUUAAAGUAGUUGUAACAGACAUAACCAUGUGAUCUCUCGAGCCAUACUAACCACUUUCCCCUCACAAUCAUAUUUCUUUGGUCGAUUUUCAACCAUUGUCCACGAAAUGUGUGUUUGUUCUUAGUUCCGGUUGUAUUUGUUUCGGGGAAUGUAAUUUCAGAUAGAAUAAUGAGGGUGUCAUUCUUGCUCCGCUUUUUUGAUUUGUGUAGCGCAAUAUGGACAAUUGCAGAUUAUGAGGUAUGUACGAAUUGGAUGUUACAAAUGUAUCAACAUCAGACGAUUAACUUGUUAUGAACCUAAGUUUGUCCA